AAAAAUCGAAACAAACUGUAAAAAACAUCCGUUUUAAAACCCGUUCUCGUAAUCAUUACAGAAGAACGGUAUAACAUUAUAAUAAUAUGCUGAACACUCGCGACGAUUCGCCCGACUCGCUACGACGACACGGAGAAUUACCGUGAUUAACGAUAAUAAUCGAACGACACGACAAACGGUGGAAUAACACGCGGUUAUUGGUUAUCACGAUAUUAUAUCAUUGCGGCCGUGAUUACGGCGCGGCAGUGAAAACACACGUCGUCAACACGACCGAACACGGUCUUAGAAGUCCGUCUUCUAAAGACCGUGACACACCGAAUGUCGCCCGGACGAAUAUGAUAAGCGAAAAAACGGGAACCGCCCGCUACGCGAUGGUGCGAUACCUCCCGGCCGGAGCCGUACUCGCGGCGUAUUCCGAGACUCCGUCCGUUCGAAUUAAAAACGCGUUGGUUGGCGCGGGACGGAUGUGAUAAGCAGCCGUUUUCGUCCGAUGCGGAAAACGCGAGCCGGCUUGCGUUUUGGCUGGCGAACGCCAAAAUAAUAAAAAAAAAACGCGGCUCAUCACGUCCGCCGUCGUACGUGUUUUUUAUUCGACGGACGACGCCGUGUAUAUAGCCGUGUAAGACUAAACAUUGAAUCGCCCCGAUUUGACGUAACUACUGCGUAUCGUUUUUUUCUUUUUGGAAAACGUUUCAAAUCUCAAUUUUAUCAUCUUCAGUCGUCAGUUUGGGUUUUUUACUAAAUGUCUGUUAUCUAGUGUCGUAGAAUAGUUUUUUUUUUUUUUUUAAUUUCCAACAUUGUUUUUAAACACGUGUUAUGAACGUGAACCCUUCAAAAAGAUUUUUAUGGUGAAGAUAAGCUAAGGUCCACGAUUUACUGAAUUGAUCUCUAAGUGAUCGCGUAAUUACAAGAGACCAAGAACACUAAAAUAAUCAUGACUGAAAAAUUAUCGAAACUGGGUAACAAUUGUGUUGUGUGUAAAAGGUCACCAAAAAAAUACCAGGCGAAAUAUACUAGCUCUAACAUGUCUUUGCACUCAUUUCCAUCGCGUCCGGAAAGACGGCAGAUUUGGCUUAAACGGUGUGGAUUGACAGAUGAAGAAGUCUUACCGUUUGGUAAGAUAUGCUCAUUCCACUUUGAACCAACAUGUUUCAAAUCAUCCAAAUUAAAAAGACGCUUACUUCAUCUUGAUGCUGUACCAACAAUUUUUGUAGAAGACUGUAUAAAGGAGACAAAUGUGCCAUUAAAAAAUAACAAAGGAAAACCAAAAAAAUUCAAAAAGAAUGAGAUUCCUCUCCAGAUUAAUGAAGCACGUGAUGUUUCAGUCAAUUUUAUUGACUCCUUAAGAUUUCCACCAAGUGAUGUUUCAUUAACAAGAUCUACUGAACAGUUAAUUGAGGGACAGAAUGGUCAGGCUCAUGGUAUUUCAGCAACAAAAAUAAUUACCAAUCAAAAUUGUUUUUAUUGUAAUGAAGCAUUGAAACAUGUUAGAAAUAUACAUAAAAUACUGUCAAAAAAGAGAUCGUCAUAUAAUGAGGAAUUUUGUUAUCUUGAUAAUAUUAUCGCGGAAGUAAAUAAAAAAAAGUUAUUACUGGAAUCACUGCGAAAAGACGGGAAAGUGUGAUGAAUUAAAUAGCAUUAUAUUAUAACACUGUAAAAUGAUUUUAUACCUAAUAUUUAGAGCAUUUUAAUCAAUCUAUGUUUUAAAUCUAUCUAACAAUAAAUUAAUGUUUCUUUGA